AUGGAAGCAGAUGUUAGGAACGUGCAGCGCACAGCUGCUCUAAUGAUUGAGAGAGCAUGGGUAGCGUAUUCAUCGAGGAAGUUAUUUGCGUUGAUGAAGGAAUUAAUUACCAAGGCUGAACGUAACAUGACUUUCAAAUUCGCUCGUGGGCUAUCACACGAAGAAGCAGCACUCCUCAAAGACCCAUUUUGUAAAGCUCGAGUGCGGUUUCGACUUGGUGGUGAGGUGUUUCCUCCUAAAGUGCUAUUCAAGAUAUUCACCAAAUCCCAAACCCACUACUACCACGCCAAACGCCUCAUCCCUGCAGGCUCCAUCGGUGCUCGUGACGCACUCAACGUUUCCGGGAGAUGGCCUUUUUUAAAACACGUACUCGAUUUACACUACCACUCGCCUAUCGAAUCCGUCGACAUUACAUCCCAGAACGAGUUCGUGCAAUUUAUGGCAUCGCUGGAUGCUCGCCAUGCACAUUUAGGUGGGAGACAGAAUAACUGGAGGGAGCUGAAACUGGAGGAUUUGUUGCCGCCAAAGAAACAGAGGGCGAAGUGGAAGGAACGGUGGAUUUCUGCACAUAGGAGUAAGAAGAGGGUGAAUAAUGGUGCUGAGAUACGGAAGGCUGUGGUGGUAGCGACAAGGGAUUUUGAUGAGGAUGUGCUUGGGGAUGGUGAUUUUGAGGACUUGUACGAAUGGACGGUCGCGUUGGACGAAGUUUGA